CACAGUACAAUGUAAAAGACUUGAUUGAUUCUCAUCACUUCAGAAUGAUCGGGCUGCUGUUGUUUUGUGGUUGGUUGUAAACUUAAUCCACUGUUGAAUAAGAAAUGCUGAUUUUUUAAUAAUUAGCUGUUGAUUUACUCCAGUCCAGCAGGUGGCAGUGGUGUUAAUUUGGCUUUAGUUUCAUGUCUGUGGCUUUACACCAAACAGACGGCUGUGGAGAAUACUUCCUGCUUCAUCAUUUGUGAGUAAGCUCUGACUGGAAAUGAAACAGGAGCACCAGGAUCUCAUCCUUCAGGCGUGCGGUGCUUCGUCCCUGCGUGUUGGUGCAAAGAUCCAGACGCUGUGGAGUGGUUAUGGGGAGAUAGUUCGGCUGCACCUGGAGGGCUGCGAGCGGCCAUCAGUGGUCGUCAAACAUGUCAAGUUUCCAGAGGAGGCCGAGCAUCCCGGAGGCUGGAACACAGAUCGCUCCCACACACGUAAAGUGAGGUCCUACCAGGUGGAGACGCACUGGUACCAGAACUAUUCCACCAAUCAGAGCUGCCGGACCCCCGCCUGUCUGGCCGCCUGCUCCUAUGGAGACGAGAUGCUGAUCGUACUGGAGGAUCUGGAUGUGGCCGGUUAUGAUCAGAGGAGGACCAGCGUGAAGGAACGAGAAAUAAAGGCUUGCCUCAGCUGGCUUGCCCACUUCCACGCUCUCUUCCUGGGCGUGGCACCAGAGGGCCUGUGGCCUGUCGGCACCUACUGGCACCUGGAGACCCGGCCAGACGAGCUGGAGGCCAUGGACCACGCCGAGCUCAAAGCGGCGGCCGGUGACAUUGACAAGAUUCUCAGCGAAUGCCGCUUUAAGACCGUCGUUCACGGAGACGCCAAGUUAGCCAACUUCUGUUUUUCCCAGAGUGGACGGGAUGUGGCAGCUGUAGACUUCCAGUAUGUUGGAGGGGGCUGUGGGAUGAAAGAUGUUGUGUAUUUUUUAGGAAGCUGCAUGGAGGAGAGGGAGUGUGAAAAGAGGGUACCAGGCCUGCUUGACUACUAUUUCACAGAAUUAAAUCAAUCUGUGAAAAAAGAUGUGGACUUUGCUGCCCUGGAGAAAGAGUGGAGGGACAUGUUUGCAUUUGCCUGGACAGAUUUUCAUCGCUUUCUGCUGGGAUGGAUGCCUGGGCACUGGAAGAUCAACCGCUACAGUAAACAGUUGACCAAGGAGGUACUCCGCAAACUGAAACUGUAAUCCCAGAUCAAAAACGUUUAACUUCAGACAAUCGGAGAACUGAACGUGUGGCUGGAAGGUGACCGUUUUCAACCUGGAAAAACAAAUCACUCACAAACACAAUUCUACAUAAAUAAAAGUUUGUGAAAAAUG